CAGCCUCCUCAAGAGCCCAGCAGCGAGAAUUCAGACAGCAGCAGUCAGUCUCCCCAGUUCCUGUUUCCGCCACGACUCGUCAAGCAUCCCUUUCGUUAAAACAUACGCGCUGUGGAGAUACAAGUACGCCAGUGCCAAAUCAAGGGGGAGGGAAUCCACGCAUGUCCCAGCUAAGCUUUUUAUAGGACACACAGUUUGGACCAGAAUCCCUUGCAGAGGCUCUCAUCAGAGCCGUCAGCUCUCUGAAGUGAAGUCUCAUAAGUGAAGUCUCAAGGGAUCUCGAAACCCUCCGCCCCUUCUCUGCGAGGGGCCGCUGCCAUGAUAUAACCUCCAAGCCUCUAAGUGCACACACAAGCAAGACCCAGCGACCCCCGACGUCCCCCUUCCACUCUGAAGGAGCCCUGUGGUGGUGCGCUGCCGCUGAGCUGAGUAUGCCUCAAACUCCCGUGUUGUGAAAGGAGAGUGUGCGCUGGGCAGCACUAGGCGCCAUGCGUCCGUGGACGGGCUCGUGGCGCUGGAUUAUGCUGGUGCUGCUGGCCUGGGGCACCCUGCUUUUCUACAUCGGGGGUCACCUCGUGAGGGACAGCGAGCAUCCGGAACGGUCCAGCAGAGAGCUCUCCAAGAUCCUGGCCAAGCUGGAAAGGCUGAAACAGCAGAAUGAAGAUCUGAGACGCAUGGCAGAGACUCUAAGGUUACCUGAAGGACAGGCCGAUGGUGGUCCCGGAGCCGUGGGUAAAUUACGCAACCUUGAAGAACAACUGAUCAGAGCUAAGGAGAAAAUCAACUCUUACCGCAGCCUCCCUGCUGAUGGUCCAGGAAAGGACCAGGAGGAGCUAAGGAGGAAGGUGGAGAAUGGCGUGAGGGAACUGUGGUAUUUUGUUCGCAGUGAGUUGAAGAAACUAGCACUGGUGGACACUGGAGCACUACAGAAACAUGUGGACACACUCCUGCAGGACCUUAGACACCAGCAGAGGUCCGUCAUGACAGACCUGUAUCAUCUGAGCCAGGUGGACGGUGCUGGAGAUUGGAGAGAGAAAGAAGCUAAAGAACUGUCUGACCUAGUACAGAACAGAAUCACGUACCUACAGAACCCUCAGGAUUGCAGCAAGGCUCGCAAGCUGGUGUGUAACAUCAAUAAGGGUUGUGGUUAUGGCUGCCAGCUGCAUCAUGUGGUCUACUGCUUCAUGAUUGCCUAUGGCACACAGCGCACCCUCAUACUGGAGUCGCAGAACUGGCGCUACGCCACCGGCGGAUGGGAGACUGUUUUUAAACCCGUUAGCGAGACUUGCACUGACCGCACGGGGGCCUCCACUGGACACUGGUCUGGUGAAGCAAACGAUCGGGAUGUUCAGGUCAUCGAGUUGCCGAUCGUGGACAGCCUGCACCCUCGUCCCCCGUACCUGCCCCUGGCCAUCCCUGAAGACCUUGCGGACCGGCUUCAGAGGCUUCAUGGGGACCCACCUGUGUGGUGGGUGUCUCAGUUUGUCAAGUACCUGAUCCGCCCUCAGGCUUGGCUGUUAAAGGAAAUGCACACACACCAUUCUUACUUUAUUCAGCCACCCAUCCUUACACUCACACAUAGACACAUAAUGGUUGGGGUGCAUGUGCGCCGGACAGAUAAGGUAGGGACGGAGGCGGCAUUCCACCCCAUAGAAGAGUACAUGGUGCAUGUUGAGGACCACUACCAGAGUCUGGCCCAGCGCAUGCAUGUGGACAAGAAACGGGUUUACCUCGCCACUGAUGACCCCUCUCUACUGCAGGAGGCCAAGUCUAAGUAUCCUGAUUAUGAAUUUAUUAGUGAUAAUUCUAUUUCAUGGUCGGCUGGGCUGCACAACCGCUACACUGAAAACUCUCUGAGAGGAGUCAUCCUGGAUAUCCACUUCCUCUCCAGGACCAACUUCUUAGUGUGCACCUUCUCUUCACAGGUGUGUCGAGUGGCCUACGAGAUCAUGCAGACACUCCACCCAGACGCCUCCUCCUUCUUCUAUUCCCUCGAUGACAUCUACUACUUCGGUGGGCAGAACGCCCACAACCAGAUCGCUAUCUACCCGCACCAACCACGCAAAAGCGACGACAUCCCGCUUGAGCCUGGAGAUGUGAUCGGCAUUGCGGGCAACCAUUGGGAUGGAUAUUCCAAGGGCAUCAACCGCAAAACAGGCCGCACAGGCCUCUACCCCUCUUAUAAAGUCAAAGAGAAGAUUGAGACAGUGAAGUAUCCCACAUACCCAGAAGCGGACAAACUUCUUAAGACGCCGUAGAUUGAGACAAAGACAGUGCAAAUACUCUUGUUUAUGAAAUGAGGAAACCCUGGACCACCCGUAUGGGAAUGCACUUUGUGUGUGAGUGUGUAUGAAUGUGUUCAUGUAGGUGUGUCGGUGUGUGUUGUCUAGGGGUUCUUCACAGGGUUUUGGGACACCUUCCUAACUCUGGUGCUUGGACUUGGAGUCUCCCUGAAAUGGCAAUCAGGGUUGUGGAAGACAAAAAAAACAAAGAGGAUGAACUCAAGGCAACAGAAACGGAAGGCACUGUACUGUAGGUACUUUCUAAUUAAUCUCCGGGUAAUGAAGGGAACUGAAUAUGUUUAUUUAAGAACACAACUGGAAGAAGUGACUUUGCAACUCCAAACCGAUCAUGACAAAGGAAUCAUAAACCCGGGUUACUCUCGUCCUCCUAUGCUCUUAUACCUCCUUGUGCACAAUGAUGGCAUCCUUUACUUUAGCCUCACUCAACUCGUUUCUCUCAUGCCAUCACUACGCCAACUGACACUUCUCUUCACACCCAUGAGCUAUUAAUUUCCACUGCCAUACUGUGCUUUUAAAUGUGACUUAUGCUGUUUUUAUUUUCAUUGUAAGGUUUAUCAUGUGUUUGUGUGUGCGGAUUGGAAAACGGUGCCUAUCAGGGCGAUUGACUCACUUUUACGGGACGAGUUUUGACUCUGGAGCCUUAUGGACCAGCCUUUCCAUGCAGAUUUACACUCCUCCCCUCCUUUCUACUUAGUGUCUUAUCCACAGCCAUGUGUCCAUCAUGUUUUUUAAGGGAUCAUUUCAUGUUAUUACAUUUUAAAAUACAAAACAUAAGAAAAUGUCACUUAAUAUGAAGAUAAUGAUACUAAUAUUAUUAAUAAUGAUGAUGAUGGUAAGAGAAAGAAUAAUUAUGGUAACAAUGACACUUGCUGUCAUUAUACAUUUUAGUUAAUCAUGAAGGAGUUGUUCAUUGUUUUAUGUUU